CGGGCGCAGCCUUAGUGGUGAGUAUUCAGCAGGGUGUGGAGAUGUUCUUGAGCGCGACGGCUCCUAGUGGAUCCUACAACGUCCCCAUCAACAUCAACCUGCAGGGAGCGCGCAAGAGGCCCACAAGAGGGCUGCUCCAGUCACGGCCAGUGCAGGAGCAGAUGUGGAAGGUGGCUGAUGAUGGCGGCCUCAAGGCCCAGAUUCCCGUAUCCAGUGCUGGGGAGGACAGGGCCGUUCUACUUGGCUUCACCAUGAUGGCCUUCUCCGUUUUAAUGUUCUUCGUGGUGGGAAUCACCACAGUCAAGCCCUAUUUGAACAGCAACUGGGUGGAGCGCGGCGGCUGCGUGCUGGUCCAGGUGGAGCUCCUGCAGGACUGGGUGGAGUGCCGGGGGGUGAGCAUCAUGCCCUGCCUCCGGGUCACCGUCAACCACAGCGCCUCCGGCCGGGCCAACCUCCUGCACCACCACGAGGACGCCCUGAUCCUGGCGCCCCAGUGCUUCUACAUCCCCAAGUGUAAGAUGGAGGCGGCGGCACUGCAAGCCGAGGCCCUGGUGGUGAAGGACAACCUGGGAGAGCAGCUGGGCCAGAGCCUGGCUUGUCUCACGGACCCCGCCAAGCACCGGGGCCACGCCUUGCUGCACAGGAAGUACUCCCUGAGGAGGGCCCUGCUGGCCCUGCUGUGGCCCAGCCUCAUGCUAGGUGGAGGGGCCCUGCUGGUGGUACUAGUGAAGCUCACCCAGCAGCUCGGCCUCGUUCACCGGGACCUGGGCCGGAGGGGCCCCGAGGACCGUCCCCUCCACAUCCAGACCUAG